AUGGGUAAAUUCCGAGGAAAAUUCCGAGACCUAUUCCGGAACCUAUUCCGGAGCAAAAAGUCCAAAGCCCCUAGCUCGACAACGACGAAGGAUGAUAGUCGAUUUUCUGAAUGGCCUUUCAAGUUUGAUGCUACAGAUAUUGAUUAUGACGGCAUCAAUGCCGGUCACGAAUCGAACGAACGGCACGAUUCGGCACAAGAGGAACGUGAACAAUUUCCGGCAUUUUCGCAGAGCUGUGUCGAUGAUAUGGAGAGAGAUGAGAGGGAUGAUGGGGCCAAUAUUGCAUUUUCGACGGAGGAUAGCAGUAGUGGGUAUGAUGGGUAUAGUGACCGUCAGAAGUGUGACAAGGGAAAGGAUAAAAGUAAGGGAAAAGGAAAGGCAAAAGAUAAGGGAAAGGGAAAGGUAAAUGGAGAGGCGGAAGAGAGGAAAAGAAUGGAGGGGAUCGAUAUGGCUAGGGCAAAGGAUGAAGAGGGGAAGGCUUGGUAUAGGAAACCGCAGUUUGGGGUCUUUGGGGGUGAAAAGAAUAAAGUGGCCGAACAGGAGGACGAAUACGAAGGAUUCCCAUUAUAUGAUCCCACCGCUUCAGGAAAUGCUCCAGUCAACAUGGUGAGUAAGUUUAGGGAGAAUAUAGGGUCCUUCAACAAUGAUAUGAGGGGUGAAAUGGAAAAGAGUCGUAGAGAGGAGAGGAGAGAGGAGUCCAGACAUAUGGAGAGGAGAAAAGCCGAUUCUGAUAGUGCUGUGGUGGGUGGAAGUACAGGGUGGAAAGGUGCAUAUAUGGCUGGCGCAUCAUCUAAAAUCAAGCCAGAAAUGAGUCGAGCAAUCAACGACUCCGAUGAGUUAUUCCAUACUCGCACUCUUUACUCUUCGGAAAGAAAUGGAGAGAUCACGAGAUCUCACCCUGGGACGACUAAAGACAUAAAUGUAAUCGAAGAAAUGUACGUGGCGCCUCCUAAGGAACGUAAAAGUUCGACGACAGGAUCGAUACUUCAAAAGGCUGUUUCAUUACCGGCGGUGUUAAAGAGGACAUGGAGUCGGAUGGUGGAUGAGGAAGAAUCCAAGAGAGAUGAAAAGAGGAGGAAUUUGAUUAAGGAAGAGACAGUUUUGGAAAGGGAGAACUCAUUGAACGCAUUGGUCAAAGAUAUAGAGACUAGAGAUUCCAGGAAGAUCGUGCGACACGCCAACCGAGACGGUUCAAGAUGCCUUGAGGACCAAGUCUAUCAAGCCAAAACAUCAGUCGUCAAAAAACACACCUGCUCCAUCACCAAAUCAACUUCCAUCAAAUCAACUUCCAUCAAAUCAACUUCCAUCAAAUCAACUUCCAUCAGAUCGACUUCCAUCAAAUCGACUUCCAUCAAAUCGACUUCCAUCAAAUCUGUUGAGUCAGUCACAGAAGUUCAAGAGCGCUUUCACGAACCCGAAACCUCUCACCAUCUCUCGAUUAACGAAGUGAUAUACUCAAGGAGCAAUGCUGCUGUCAAAGCGCAAACUAGUCACGGGCGCUAUACCCAAAAAGACACCAAAACACUGCAUCGAUCGCCGAAAAUAGACGCCAUGCACCCAUAUUUUAGGAAAGGUUUCGAUAAAUACGGCCAAUUCAGGGAUUGGGAGGACGGUGUGAUUGAAGGAUAUAGGGAUACAGUGAAAGAUACUAUGAAUGACAUGACUUCUGGGCCGAAAGAAUGCGUGGCAACAGGUGUGGCCAAAAUGACGAAGCUGAAGGAAGAGUUGAAGGAGCGAGAGGACGAACUGAUUGAUAGAAACAAGAAAAAGAUCAUGUCGCAUCUCACUCCUGACAAAAGAGUAAGGUUCGAAGAACAAGUGAUGAAAGAGGAAGAGGAGAGGGAGAAGAGAAUGAAAGAGAGGGUGAAGGAGAAGGGGGAAGGGAGUAUGAAAGAGAGAGUGAAAGAGAAGGGAAAAGAGAAGAAGGGGAUGAAGAGGGCAAAUGAAAACAGCCCGGAGAUGAUUAAAAAUUUCAAACACAAACAUGUGGGCUUGAUUAAAUGA